AUCGUAAAUGACAACGAAGCUGAACAAUGUGUGAGAGCUCUCCACUCGACCUUCUUCGAGACAGAACUCUCUGAAUUAGAUUUGGAGUGCGAUUCUCUGAAUGGUUCUGUUUGACAUCUUCAGUGGGACGAUGAUGAGCAUCUUGCUCGGGUUUCCAUUCAGAGUCUUAAUCAUUCCUGGCUUUAAUUGUAUUCUGUUUCAAUCUAUUCUCACCUUAGCUUGGGGAGCUGAUUUUUUUCCCCCUUGUUGUAGGCUUAAGAUGUAGCGUUGUGACCCUUCCUUUACAAGAUGCAAGGGUGUUCUGCUUUUUCCUUGAAUAUGUUGUAUCUUCUCCUGCAUGGAGGAACAAUGAAUUAGGGUUUCCUUUGUGGGAUAUGGCAUAGCAAAAAUUUAUUGGCCAAGUUUUAGGUUCUUAUUAGGUUGCAUCUCUUCUUCUAGGGUUAUUUAACUGUACUAUUUGGUGUCAUAUUUAAUAGUUCAAAUCAUUUUUGGAUCGAGUCUUGUUCAUGUCGUAUUUUUUCCUUCCAUGUGAAUACUUUGUUAGAAAUUUUUUAAGUAGACUACAUAAUUGAUGAUUAAUUCAUCGAUCUAUUGCUUCUUGUGAAAAAAGGGUAUCGAACUAAAGGGAAUGUCACUUAUAGAAAAAUAUUUUUAAGGCUAUUUAUUGAUCCAAGUACUUAAAAAAAUAUUUAUUUUUAAGAUGUUUUAAAUGGGGUUUAAGUUACUUUGAUGUCAAUUUGUAUGUCGUUGAUUAUUGAGGCUCUAUUUAGAACUCGAAAAUAUUGAAGAAAGGAAAAUAUUAAGGAAUUUACUAUUUUCAUAUCUGGUUAUUAAGAGAAGUAAAAAUAAAAAUAGAAAUAUAUUAAAUUUAUAAACAAAAUUUUAAUUUUACUCAUCAUUAAAAUUUGAUUUUUAUUAGUUUUUAAUCAUAUUAAAACAUAUUUAUAAUUUUAAUAGCAUUUAAUAUUUAAGAAAAUUAAAAUAGAAAAUUAGUUUCCUCUUCUUUCUUUUCUUUCCUUUUUUCAAAUAAAAUAUUUAAUCUAAGCGGAACCUUAUAGCCCGUUUGGAUUAAGGAUUUUAUUUGGGAAAAUGAAAGAAAAGAAAAAUAAGGAGAAAAUUCAUUUUUUAUUAUAUUUUCCUUCUAUAUUAAAUUCUAUUAAAAAUAGAAACUUAUUUUCAUAUGAUUAAAAAUUAAUAAAAAUUAAAUAUUAAUGAUGUGUAAAAUCAAAAUUUUGUUCGUGAAUUUAAUAUAUUUUUUAUUUUUUUUCUUACUUUCCUCGAUAAUCGAACAUGAAAACAUGAAUUUCUUAAUAUUUUCUUUUCCUCAAUAUUUUUCAAAUCCCAAACAGCGCGCUAUUGUGUUAUGAAAUAGGAAAAUAUAUUUAUUAACAUUACAAUUCCUUUUUCUAAGACUUCAAUUGUUAUUAUCUCAUUAUUUAAAAUACACAUGGAUUAUAAUCAUUAUAGCAUUAUAGUGUAUUGUCACAAAAUAUUUUUAUGUGAUUGUAUACAAUUUACCACAUAUAAUAUAAAAAAAGUGGGCGGGGUUAGGCUGGGGAAUAAAUUAUAGCGAAGACACUCAUAUUUGAAUUGAUAGAAGAUAAAAAAAAAAAAGAAAAAUUAAUGCUCUAAAGCCUGUUUGAAAUUCAAAAAUUAUUAAAUUUUAAUUUAUAUAUUAUUAAUAUUUUAUUUUUAAAAAAAAAUUUAGUCAUUUUAAAAUAAAUUUUAAUUUUUGAUAGUAUUUAAUAGAGAAAAAAAUAAUUAUUUUAUUUUAUUUUCCUUUUUCACAUAAAAACUUUAAUCCAAACAUACCCUAAAAUUCUUACAAUUUUUUAAAAUAGAGUGAAUGUGAGAGAGAAGAAGUGUAAGAUAGCUAACAUGGGCCAUGGGCGGCUGGAUAGGACCCGGCCCAGUGCAGCCCGACUAUGGGCCCAUGGGCCCUUGGCCGCUUCCAUAUCGAAAUUAAGAAACUCUAGCACAGCCUCCUCUUUUAGGGUUUAGGGUUUGCCUGCGAGCAAUUUGGAUUCUGACCAGUACCCUCUCAUCACUUCUUCUAAGUCUUUUAGGGUUGAUCAUGGCGUGCACGAUCGAUUUCAGAUUCCUCGACGAUGGCCUCGCGGGCCCUAAGAACAAGCGAAAGAGAUCAGAAGAAGGCAGUACUCAAAACCCCACCAGCACCAACGAUGAUGUCUCAAUGGAGAUCGACAACCCUCCAUCCUCCAAGCGACAAGCCGUACCCUCUUCAGAAGACCCCGAUAAACCGGUGUUCGGACGGCCGACCUACGACGGCGUGAUCGCCGGAAGAGUCUCCGGGCGGAAGUGGAAGCAGCCGCGGAAGAACCGGGCGUCGGCGGCGCAGGUGAGCCGGAAGGGCACGACGUUCGAGCAGAGGGCGAAGGAGAAGGAGAUCAAGAAGGCGUACAAGGAGAGGAUGAACGAGCUGAAGGAGCAGAUUAGGGCUAACAAGAUCGAGAAGAGGAAGAUGAGGGAGGAGAGGGAGAAGAAGAAGCAGGAGAACAUUCUCAAGUCUGGGACUAAGCUCCAGAAGAUCACCAAUCCCAAAACGCUGAAGAAGAUCGCCAAGUCCAAGCAGAGGAAGCUUCUCAAGGUUGUUCCUGAUGAUGUGCUCAAGAAAUAGACGAGUAUGAAUCGUAUGAUUAUUUUUUUUUAUUAUCAUCUAAAUGUUGAAUCCUUUAGUGGGUUUUUGAAUUUAUAAAUUCAUUUCUGCAA